UAGACCUACUUGUCUAUGAAACAAGACAUACAAAUUCAGUGAAAUAUUUCGUAAAAUAAUAUUUCAUGCGAGACUUUCAAAAAUUUUUGUUCUACAAAUGCAUUGUUUAAAUAGGUUAUAGUUAGUGUUUCUUUAGGUAGUUUCAGCCACUUUUAUUUUCAUUUGAAUAGUUGUCCCAAUAAUUUACAAAUGACACUUCUAAAGUAAUUUUUUUUGUCUAAUUUUGCUUCAUCGAAAAUUUUGUGUAUGUAUUUCCAGAUAAAGAUUUAUUGUGUGUCUAACUGCUCAUGUACUGUUUGAGUAAACUGAACUUUGGUAUUUUAUUGAAUAAAAUGUUGGACAGAUAUUAGGUAUUUCACAAGAUUUUACAAAAGAGUUCCUUACUGAUUAUGAAAAUUCGAAUACUUCUUUUUAUUAGUAAAUUGAGUCCUCUUAUUUGAUCCUUAUUACAAUUUACACACUUAAAAUAUGGAACCUAUUUGUAAAAUCGAAGCUGGAAAUAGUGUGAAUAUUAAAAGAACUGAUGGAAGAGUACACUCAGCUAUAGUCUCAGGUGUCAAUUGGGAUCAACAGAGUGUGACUGUCGAAUGGUUUGAAAAAGGAGAAACUAAAGGAAAAGAGGUAGAAAUGGAUGCCAUUCUUUCUCUGAACCCUGAAUUAAAUAUGGAUAAUAUAUUACCAUCUACUCACAUGAACAAUCAAAUUUUAACUUCCACUAAAGCAAGGCUGUGUAAAAAGUUAACAGUUGAUCUUGCUAAAAUUUAG